AUGGUCCUUUCUGACUGGAACCUCAAUUUUGGUGCCGGUGGCCGUCUGUUAGGCCGCGCCCAGCUGCUCUCGCCAGACUCCAAGUUUGCGAUCGUUCCUUUCAAGUCCCAAAUCAAGGUAUACUCGCUUGCUACCAGACAGUCUGUGAGAAGCAUCAAGGUGGAUAUCGACUUCGACACGGUGGUGGACUCGGUUCUCAGCGAAACAAACCCAAACCUGGUGUAUCUGUUCACCAAGACCAACCAAGUGGUUGUGCUUAAUUGGAAAGAGAAACUUUUGUCCCCGGUGGUGGAAACCCACUCUCUCGAGCUCCCAGCACCAAUAGUGAAAUUUGUGCGAUUCGGCAACUCCGAGGACGAGUUUUACUUGUUGAUCGGGAAAUCCACAGCAAAACCCCAGCCACACACACGGUCUUUGCUUAAAGUUUCCAAGGACUCCAAACACCACGAAAUAAUGUCGCUGAAAAAUGUCACUCUUUUUGCUGCCUCAGCAGACAGAUCGACCCUUGCAUUCCUCACAAACAAAAACCAGCUGUACUUACAAACUAAUGACAACGAGAUCGAGCAGGUGCCGAUCUCUUACAAGACACAGAUCACCUCGUUGGCCGUUUCGAAUACCCCAUCGCCGAUAAUAGCUCUGGGAACCGUUACCGGUAUCAUCCAGUUCUUCUACGUUGCAGACACCAACAAGUCGCAGCGUCUGUUGAAAUGGCAUAUUGGUCCUGUGAACACCGUCCGUUUUAGUCCCGACGGCUCAUAUCUCUUGUCAGGAGGACAAGAAAAGGUGCUUGUUUUCUGGCAUUUGGAAUCGGACAACCAGCAGUUCCUGCCCCGUUUGAACGGAGAAAUUGAAAACAUCGAGAUCUCUGCCACCACUGAGCAACUCUACGGAGUUACUCUACGUCUCACUCCGUCUGAUAGAGAAUACAUCGUGCUCAGUGCUGUGGACCUCACCUCCAGACUGAACGUUAAUGGUGUGCGGCCAAAGUUUGCUACUGAGCUCGAAUUUAUAGAGAAAGACCGUCGCCAGCUGCAAAAGAAAGACGUCCAACUUGACGACAAGCAGAUGACAAGAAUUCUGCACGACUACUCGUCGCAGUUCGAGGUGCACCCAACUUCGAAGCUGUGCUACUUCCCCUACGGCCCCCACCUACAGGCAUUUGAUUUUGCCAGAAACGAGCAGAUUUCUGUCAUGACCGCCGCGCCAACCAUCCAGGCCGGUAAGGUCCGGAGCGAGACCAGCAUCCAGGACCCGGAGAUUGAGCAGCUCGCGUUCAGCCAGGACGGCAAGUGGAUGUGCACUUUCGACAAGCUGCAACCGCCGGAAAUCGACAGCCUGCCUUCGCGCAAAGACUCACAGUACGCCCUGAAGUUCUGGAACUACGUCGAGGGCAAGGACCAAGCCGGCUGGUCGCUCUCGACGAAGAUCAUCGACCCGCACGGGCCCGGCGUGGCCGUGGUUGCAAUGGUUUCUGCGCCCCAAUCGUACAACGACGGACUGGCGUUUGUCACGGCAGACAGCAAGGGCGGUGUGCGGUUGUGGAGACCACGCGUGCCUAAGGAGAUCUACCAGAAACUCGGCAAGGACAAGAAACUACAACAAACCGCAUGGACUCUGCGUAAGGUGCGCAACGGCAGCGGCCGCUCAGAAAGCAGAAGCGCCAGUAUCUGCUGGGCACCGGACGCGUCGGUGAUUGCGUUCGGCCAGGAGGUCAAGAUUAGUCUCAUUGACGUGAACACUUUCGAGGACACCGAGGUGCAGCUCCCGUCGAUCGCCGGGUCACGUGUUCGCUCGUUGAACAUCAUCGACCGGUAUCUUGUUGUUUUGGCCAGAGACCGGCUGGUUUCGUUUGAUCUGCUCACUUUUGCCACGAGCGAGCUUGCCGUGAAGGUGAACACGCUCGUCGGCGGCAAGAACCAGAUCGCCAUCGACCACGAGAGGGGGUUGGUGUGCUACUGCGUCAACUACUAUUCGAAGAGCUUCCAGUUGCGUUCGCGGAUAUUUGUGUUUGAGCCGGCUAAGUUGCAACCGGUGUACGUUUCGGAGCACGACACAGGCAUCUCCAGCGUGCGCUACUCGUCCGGAACCGGCUCGUUCGUGCUGGUGGACAUCGACGCUCAAAUAGGCGUUCUGGGAGCAGGCGCCGGUGUGUUUGACGAACAGUCGCACCUGGACCGCGCGUUCGAACUCACCACGUUGCUCACAAACGCUAAACAGAUGGUUUCCAUCAGAGAGACUAGUUCCGACGUCGACGGCGAGACACGGCCGCUCAACGCACAGGCGUUUGAGCCCGUUCUUGAGAACCUCGAGGGGCUUCCUGUGGAGGUUCUGUUUGACCGCGUGAUGAAGAUCAUUGUGUAG